AUGCAAAAUACCUCAUCAUUGAAAUUGAUGAACUUAUUUUUAACAAACUAUCUAAAGUGUGUUAUGUACAAUAAUAAUUUUAUCUUAAUUUAAGAUAGAAUUUUUUUAACAAUUCUAAAGAUCCUGUAUCUAUAGUUAAUAAUUUAUUAAUCCAAGUUUCAAGAUCUGAAUUAUAUACUUUAUCUACAGUCUUCUUUUGUAAUAAAUAACAAGAAGAAGGAGCAUGAAUAGAUCUAUCUGCUGUUGGUUAUUUUUUUAUUGUUGUUUGAAACGGAUUUGAAUUAUCAGUUUAAGAACUUUUAAAUAAAUAUUCACAAUAAUCUGCUAUCAAAUUAAAUCUAACUUAUUUAUAAUUUAAAUUAGAAUAAGCUAAGUCUAAUACAAUAUCAAAAGAAUCAGUUGCAUGAGGAAAUUUUUCAUUUAAAUAAGUGAAAUCNCUAAAGAUAGCAUAUCUAAAUACGAAACAUAGGCCCAUAGAUUCAAGUCUAAUAAUUUUUUAAUGUACCAAAUGUUCAAUUCUUAUAUGAUAAUGAUGAUGAUGAUGACGAGGAUGAUUAUGAAAAUUAAUAUUAUCAAAAUUAGGAUCCAGAAAAUGAAGAAAGAAGACAACCUUAACCCAUGAGUUCAAGUGAAAUUAAACAGAUACCAACAUCAAAAUAUAAACCGAACUAGAAAAAUUUAAAUUGUGUUGUUUGCAUGCUUGAUUUUAAAAAAUCUGAAAAUGUGAAGUAAAGAGUUUUAAUUAUAAAAUAUUAGAAUAUUAGAUUGUCUACAUUAAUUUCAUGCUAAGUGUAUAGAUUAAUGGUUGAAGUAGAAAGGAGAAUGUCCUAUUUGCAGACACUAAUUAAAUUGAAUAAUUUGCAC